AGGGAAUCAAUAAAGGCCCCUGCGCGUUUCCCCUCUCUCGCACAACCGGGACAGCCCUCGUCUACACACCACCUCCUCCCCGAAAUACUCCUCUGUACACACCACACCGUACUACCGAACCCCCCCGUUCCUGCACCGUCGUACCCCCUCGCUCUGUAGAUUCACCCACCCUCUGCGAAUAAGAUAAUCAUGGAAAACACCGAAGGACUGAGGAACCGGCCCGCUGCACAUUCAGUGUACACCGGUCAGUACUGCCAAGGUGUAGGCGACGAUGAAAACGAAGAAAACGUCGAAGAAUUAAGGGAGAGACUCAAACAAAUGAAAGCCAUAGUUAACGAAAGAAGCAAUAAUCGAAAAUCGGGACUGGAUGAAGGAUUCUUAAGUGUUGUGUUUGCCUGCAUCCUCCUUGUAAUCGCAGGUGUUACAGUGUAUGCAUUCGUAGUUCUUUACACUGCUGUUCACAAACGUUGGACAGAACAACCAGAAGACUAAGACUGAUAAGGUGAUGUUUAUUCCUUCAAAUAACAAAUACUCAUGAAUUCUCAACUUGGGAGCACAAAGUUUCAUGAUUUUCAUGGUUGUUGACAUUAUCAUUAGUACAUUCUUGCAUCUAUCACAAAACAGCAGGAUUCCAUAUCUUUCAGCACUACAUCUUAGGGUUGUCACUACUGAAUGAUGAGGACAGAACAGGAAUUGGACAAAAAGAAGUGACAGAAAACGUAAUGUAACAAAUGCCACUGAACUUGGUCCCCUGGCCUGCUAGAUGCAAAAAAAAAAAAAAAAAAAAAUCAGUAACAAUUAUAAACCCCUAUCAUUUAUUCCAUUCAAAUUGCAAGUUUUAUCCUGUAAGGUCCUAUUGGUACAAUAUUUUGUUGCCUUUGACUCAAAAGAAUAACACUGAAUAGGACAAUAUAUAAGUAUUAGGGUAUCAACAUUUGUAAAUCAGUUUUCAUGGUUAACUUUUAGCACCGCAAAAUAAUAAUAAGCAAAAUUAAAAUCAAAAUUGGUUAUAUAGGUAACAAGUCUUCCCUUUCUCAUUUUCUCUUCAUAUAUUUUGGUUUGUGAAUAUUUAUUUCAAGCACAAGUUUUACCUUCACAUGAAAAAGCAAUGACAAGGGAAUAUUAAAAAACAAAACUAUUACAGACAUCAUAAGGCUGUUGUUGACUGAGACUCAAAAGCAAUCACAAAUAAAAUAAUUUCAUAUAAGUAAUUAGUAUUUAUAGUGUCAACAGCCUCUUCUUGUAUCUAGUGUGAAUUAGCAUAUAUAUAUUUAUACUCAAAUGUAAACUUGUAACUAACCAAUGCUGUUUUUUUUUAAUGAUUCUUCCUAGACUCCCAAUUUUCUUUGAAUGUUUAGAGUAAAAGAUGACAACAUUUCCUAGUUGUGGAAGAAUGUAAAUGAAUUAGUUUUGACUCAAAAAAUGGCUGUGCAGCAGGUGAAAAGCUGAAAAUUAGGUUCCAGUUUUAUUUAAUAUGUGGGCAUUUGUGCUUUCAUAUUUAAUAAACAAGAGCAGUAUUUCUGAUACAGCUUUA